AUGGCCCAUAUCGCCGACUUCAUGGUCGACGCCGACACCGCCAACAAUGUGGGGUUAAAUAAUUACAUAGCCAGGGAGCUAUCUCCCCCGCCUCAAGAUGCGGCCACGGAAGCCCCAGGUCCAGAGGAGAAGGAGAAACAUGUCUGGAGAAUGCACCAACCGCCCGAGUCCCGCAAACUGCACCUCUUUCCAUCAAGGGAAAAGCUGUCAAUAGCGGCUGGUCGAAAGAGCCCCGACGCUGAAACGACUGCUAAUAGUGUGGCGGCAAUGGGGCAGAAUGGAUCUGGGGAAAAGGACCGGUCGGUCCUCGGCGCUGCUCUGAGAUUGAAACCAAAAGAACCAACUCUCAUCCGUCGAAGAAAGAUUUCUGUGGCAGAACUUGGUCCAAUGACGACCGUUCAAGAAAUCGCCAUGGAUUCUCCCACAAUACCCGGGCGGCCACCAGCGCACGAAAGGUCAAUCAGCGCACCUGGGAAUAGCUGGCGGCAACAUGUGUUUGGAGAGAGUAUGCUCUCGUGCAUAACCGGACCUGCAUUAGAUGAAAAUGCAGAGAUAGCUGCAACAGAAAGGGGCGUCACACCAAAUCAAGCGAAUUACUCUACUCCGGCCCAAACCACACCACAGUCGUCACAUCUCCAGUACCGCAGGGAUAAUUCUUCCUCGCCGAGACGGCCCCUCUCUCCAAGGUCUCUCGCACCGCUGGUCAUCCCUUCAACAUCAGCUCCUCAUCCACAGCAUCUUACCCGGUGGCCAUCGAAGUCCAGGUUGCGGUCAGAGAGCACGCCUCCUGAUGUUCCGCCCAAGUCGGCGCGGAUGAAGGAGUCCCCCUAUUCUCGAGGUUCUCCCCUUGUUCCAGGAUCUGAAAUCGUUCUGAGUGCGUCGACUCUAUCAUCCUCCUACUUUAAUACUCCUACUUCGGCCAUCACUUCAGCACCCACUUCAGCACCCACAUCAGCUCCUACCUCAGCGCCCGAGCGGCAAACUUCGCCCAAACCAUGGACUACCGCCAGUGCAGGACCAAGCCCGAUGUGCCAUACACGGGGACACUCAGAAACCACGCAGCAACAGCUGGGACAGUCACUUGGACAUCGACGAGGCGAAUCGGAAGCGUCCAUUAUGGAUCGAGGACGCCCGAAGAAGCGUUCAGAUGCAUCCCCCAUGAAGCGCACUAUGAGCAAGCGCAGUAAGUCGCAAGAGCAAAAAGCAUUCGAAUGUCUACCUAAAGGGACCCGCGCCACUGAGGCAUAUUCGGUCCUACCAGCCUCUGAAGUUGAGGCGCUUCGUAAACAAGCUAUAGGCCAGGCGUCACGAUUUGAAGUACUAAACACCAAAAACGUUGAGGCUUUGUCAAGAGAACUGCGUGGCCUCGACGAGCGCUGCGAGUAUCUCCGCAAAACCCACCGCUCCCUACGCUCUGGUCGACGCAACCUCCACGGCCGCAUCUGCACCUACUUACGGUCACCACGUGUUGCACGAUUUUCCCAUGAGUCGAUGCUCAAGCAAGAGGAAGCCCUGUCGGAACUGGAUACUUCAAUUGACGACUGGGUCUCCAAGCUUGAACAGGCUGAGAACCGCCGGACUCGCGUCCGCCAAAAGCUGCUUGAACAUGUGGCCGCAGCGCUCAUCAUGGAUCCUAUGCAAACUCACAAGGCAAUUGCCGGUGCCCCAUUUGGCGAGAACACCCCUCCACGUAGCCCGACGAAAACGCAGAGUCCGCGCCGAGGCGAUACGACGCCUCCUCGCAGCCCAACAAAAGCCCACAGUCCCCAGCGAUUAGCGGAGGAGGUGAAGGUUACCAGCCCGGAAAGCAUCGGCGGCCGCCGGAGAACGCGUGCUAGUGCGGAGAGUAUAAGAAUAUACGCCGAUAGCGACGUGUAUGCAUUGUUGGCCGAUGUUGAGGAAGAGAUCAACCGCAUGGGAGACCAAGCCGAAUCUGACAGGACAGCUGCUCGGCAGCAGCAAGAGAAGGAAAGAGAGGAGAAGCAGAACGACGUUAUUGCCGCGGGCAUAACCCUUAACGCGGUGGCGUUUGAGGGUAUACCAAAUACGCGGGCAGUGCGGAAUGCAUAG